AUGGGCGAUCGUAUUUUUGCUGUCAAUGGUCAUAACAUUAUCGGAGAAAGUCAUAAAAAGGUAGUGGAACGUAUCAAGGAGAAUGCUCUUCGCUGUGAAAUGUUGGUCAUAUCCGAAGAAGGAGCUCAAUGGUACAACGAACGUGGAGUCGAAAUUAAUCUGAAACUUCCAAAUAUACAACGAAUCGGCGACGAUGCCAAUCGCCGCAAUGCUAAAGCUAAUGGUAGUCCCCCACCAGCAGCUGGAUGGUAUGCACCCAGUACAAAGGUUCGAGAUUUUCUUUUGGUUACUUAUACGAUAUGCCGGAAACAUACUUCUACUUUCCUUUUACUAAGAGCUGCUAUGCCGAUAUCUGAGCUUAUUGCCUGA